AUGACGAUGGAUAAGCAGACUACCAGAAUUGUUAUCAUCACGACGGCGGUUGCUAUUACUGUGGGUGUGCUGAUUUGGACAACGAGACGGAGAUCUAAAAGAGAUGGAGAGGAUUCUGGUAAUCUGGAUAAGCAAGAUUCCUCGCUUCAACAACUUAAUGAGCGAGAAGAUGCUGGUCCGAUCCAAACUUUUGAGGUUACCCAGAUUACAGAGAUUAAAAAGGAGACAGAAUCACUGGUUGCCAAUCGUGAAACUUUACAAAUUCUCGAGGUGCGAGAACAGGAAGAUGUCACACAUGUUCAAAGAUCCGUUGUCACCGAGAUUACCAAGGAGGCAGACCAGCCAAUUGCCAACGAUGAGACUUCACACCCACUCCAAGAGGAGGACCAGUUAGAUUCUGCCUCCAUCCAAGCUUGCGAUGUUACUCAGGUUACAGAGAUUGUAAAGGACGCAGAGUUCUUAGUCACCACUCGUGAGACUCUAGAAAUUCUCGAGGUGCGAGAACAGGAAGAUGUCACACACCAAACCUCCGUGGUUAAGGAGAUUACUAAGGAGGCAGGCCUACCAAUUGCCAACGAUGAGAUUUCACACCCACUCGAAGAGGAAGACCAGGCAGAUACUGUCUCCGUCCAAGCUGUCGAGGUUACUCAGAUUACAGAGAUUGCAAAGGACGCAGAAUCAUUAGUCACCACACGUGAGGCUCUCGAGAUGCGAGAACAGGAAGAUGUCACACAUCAAACCUCCGUGGUUCACGAGAUUACUAAGGGGGCAGACCAACCAAAUACCAACGAUGAGAUUUCACACCCACUCGAAGAGGAAGACCACGCAGAUACUGUCUCCAUCCAAGCUGUCGAGGUUACCCAGAUUACAGAGAUUGCUAAGGAGGCAGACCAACGAAAUACCAACGAUGAGAUUUCACACCCACUCGAAGAGGAAGACCAGGCAGAUACUGUCUCCGUCCAAGCUGUCGAGGUUACUCAGAUUACAGAGGUUGCAAAGGAGGCAGAAUUAUUAGUUACCAAUUGCGAGACCCUGCAAGUCCUCGAGGUGCGAGAGCAGGAAGAUGUCGCACAUGUUCAGACAUCCGUGGUCACCGAGAUUACCAAGGAGGCAGAACAACCAAUUACCAACGAUGAGAAUGCAAAGGAGGCAGAAACAUUAGUUACCGAUCGCGAGACUCUGCAAGUCCUCGAGGAGCAGGAAGAUGCCGCACAUGUUCAGACAUCCGAGGUCACCAAGAUUACCAAGGAGGCAGACCAACUAAUUGCCAACGAUGAGAAUGCAAAGGAGGCAGAAAUAUUAGUUACCAAUCGCGAGAGUCUGCAAGUCCUCGAGGAGCAGCAAGAUGCCGCACAUGUUCAGACAUCCGAGGUCGCCGAGAUUACCAAGGAGGCAGACCAAUCAAUUUCCAACGAUGAGAUUUCACACACACUCGAAAAGCAGGACCAGGCAGAUUCUGUCUCCAUCCAAGGUUUCGAGGUUAAUCAGAUGACAGAGAUUGCAAAGGCGGUAGAAUUAUCAGUUACCAAUCGCGAGACUCUGCAAGUCCUCGAGGUGCCAGAGCAGGAAGACGUCACACAUCUUCAAACAUCCGCGGUCAGCGAGAUUACCAACGAGGCAGACCAACCAAUUGCCAACGAUGACAUUUCACACCCACUCGAAGAGGACGGCCAGUCAGAUGCUGUGCCGAUGAGAAUUGAUGCACCGGCCUUCAUACCCACAAGCCCCGAGCGGCGACCAGCAUCUCCUUUGAGAAUUGAUGCACCGGCUUUCAUUCCUACCAGCCCCGAGCGCCGGCCAAAAUCCCCACUCAGGGCUGAGGCACCCGUUUUCAUUCCUACGAGCCCCGAGCGGCGGCCAGCCUCUCCGUUGAGACUUGAUGCGCCAGCCUUUGUCCCCACCAGCCCCGAGCGCCGGCCAACCUCCCCACUCAGAGCUGAGGCACCCGUUUUCAUUCCUACGAGCCCCGAGCGGCGGCCAGCCUCUCCGUUGAGACUUGAUGCGCCAGCCUUUGUCCCCACCAGCCCCGAGCGCCGGCCAACCUCCCCACUCAGAGCUGAGGCACCCGUUUUCAUUCCUACGAGCGCCGAGCAGCGGCCAGCCUCUCCUUUGAAACUUGAUGCGCCAGCCUUUGUCCCCACCAGCCCCCAGUGCAGACCAACCUCCCCGCUGAGGGUUGAUGCACCCGCGUUCGUCCCGACUAGCCCCGAGUGUAGACCAAUUUCCCCGUUGAGGGCCGAGGCGCCAGCGUUCAUUCCUACGAGCCCUGAGCGGCGACCGAUGUCGCCGCUAAAGGCCGACGUCCCCUCCUCUGUACCUACUAGCCCUGAUCGUAAAUCCAGUUCUCCUCUGAACGUCAUGGCUGCUGAAUUCCGUCCCGAAUCUCCCCCCUAUGCCAUCCUCCCCAUCCCAACCCUCAACGUCUUUGCCGAGGAAUUCGUUCCAUCAGGUGCCCCUAUUCCGUUCCUGACUCCAAUCCCAGCCACCGGUGCACCUAAUCGGCGCCGAAAAUCAUCGCAGAGCCGACCUGCGCAAUUGAAUCAAAAGGCGCCCACGUUGGCAGACUUUGUCCCAGUGAGGACUGCAGCACCCAAGCGGGGCCCGAAGGAGGACGUCCCCAAGAAAUGUCUUUUUGGGGAGAAUUGUGCCAAUAAGACCAAGUGCGGAUAUCACCAUCCUACGGAACUCUGCAAGUGA